AUGAUUGCUGUGAUGGAAGUGACCGAAAGUGAGAAGCAAGAUGAGAGAGAAGAUAGAUCAGACCCUAAAACACAAGUUGAAUCCCUUGUGCUAGUAAUAGUGACAAACCUUGUCACCAUAUACAUUGUUACUGGUCCAUUUAGCUCUUUGUAUCAUCAUCCUCCUCAUCAUAAUAAUAACUUUAACUCAAUCUUGCAAGAACUCAACGCCACAAAAUCUCAACUUGCUGCUAGUCAUUCACUUUUGUCUGAGCUUCACCGUAGGCUCAACUCAACUAACCUUCUUGUCCGAGCAUUGCUCAUUGAUCUUACAACGCGCCAACAAGACAAGCAAUAUUCUAGAAACAAUAAUGGCAAAAGGUCUUCGAAUGAAGAGCUUAAUCUUGCACUUGCCUCUUACAAGCUCCCUUUCGGAUACUCGCAAUGGAUAGGAUCAGACGAGAUUCACUCUCCAAUUGGUGCGGUGUGUUUGAUGUUCCAAGAUGAGUUGAACCAAUACAUGUCAUAUGACAUAGGAAGUGAAUGCCUUGCAGAUGAGGUGUUUGCACAAAUGCUUGUGUCAAAAGGGUGUGAGCCACUCCCAAAAAGAAGGUGCCAUCCCAAGUCUCCAAAAGGUUUUGUUGAGUCAAAUCAAGAUUUGCAAGAUAGCCUUUGGGAAAUUUCACCAGAUAGCAACAUUGUUUGGGAUCCUUAUACUUGUAAGAGCCUCAAGUGCCUCAUUGAGAGGAAGAACAAUAAAGGGUACUGUAAAGAUUGCUUUGAUCUGCAAGGAAAGGAAAAGGGUAGGUGGAUCUUUGAUUAUGGUGGACUUGAUUUUGGGAUAGACCAAGUUCUUGGGGCGAAAAGAUCCGACAGCACGAUCCGUAUUGAACUUGACAUUGGUGGUGGAACAGAGACAUUUGCUGCAAGGAUGAAAGAAAGGAAUGUGACAAUCAUCACAAGCACACUGGAUUUGGACAGUCCAUUUAGCCACUUCAUUGCAUCAAGGGAAUUGAUUCCAAUUCAUCUCAGCAUAUCUCAGAGGCUUCCAUUCUUUGAGAACACACUUGAUAUUGUUCAUUCCAUGGAAUUCAUAGGGAAUUGGUUGCCAGAAACUAUGCUUGAGUUUUUGCCAUAUGAUGUGUAUAGGAUGUUGAGGCCAGGAGGAAUUUUCUGGCUUGAACAUUUCUUCUGCUUUGAAUCACAGGUUAAUGGAACUUAUUUGCCAAUGUUUGAUAGAGUUGGGUUUAACAGACUUAGAUGGCACGCUGGUAGGAAGCUUGAUCAUGAUGGAAUUCAGAAGAAUGAAUGGUAUAUUUCAGCAUUGUUGGUAAAACCAGUGAUUUGAGGGAAAUCAGGUAUCAGAUUUGGGUGGCAUAGAAGGACAAAAGUAGCCCUUGGAGC